UAGUGGAGUCAGUUUACUAGUAGAAUAGCGUUUGGAAAAUUUGCCAUUUGAGCGUCGUAGGUUCCACGAUUCUGAAACAGCAAACAGAAAUUUCUAGCAAAUUCAGUAAAAAACCCAAAGCUAGCCGAAUCCAGAAUAGGAACUUCGAAGUCUGUGCUCGCCAAACGUCUAAAAAAGUGGCCGAAAGUUGGGCCUAUUUCGUUUCGCCAUUUCCUAUUCUUCAGACUAAGACUAACUGAACGUUGUUUCUCCAAAAUCUACUUCUAACCAGAGCCAGAAACCAAACCAUUUUUCGUCUGUUGCAUCUGGUUCUCAUCACUGCUUACACUGUUGGUGAUCAACCCCCACAGAGACCUACUGUACUGAAAACAACCGGUCAAACUCAGUUAAUGUCAAUCGCAGGCUGUGGCAUGGAGCUUCAGACGCGACUUUAAAGAAUACUCGGAAAUAUUCGCCAACGCAUGCUUCAAGACACGGGCGAGGAAUGGAGCGCGGAAGAGAGGCAAUUGCAAAGGGAAUUUUUCCUCCAGAUUCACACGAUCUUCUCGGAAUUGCAAUCCAACGGUUAUUCCGCCAGUAUUCAGCGGAGCAAUCAAAGUGAAGUCAAUCUCGUCAUCUCUUCUCCUCCAGCCUCUCGUCCAGCCUCUCCUGACGACCCGUGGAGUGAGGUGAUUGAGUACCAGUUGACCGACUAUUUGGACGUCCCCGACCAGCUGAUCCACCAAGAAUUUGAUCCGGAGUCGUCGCGCCCUACAGUCUUGUCGGCCAGAUUCCAAGGGUCGCAACUCGUCUUGUCUCCGCUAAUGGACCACGGUGGUGCCACCAACGUCAUCUGCGGGAUUCGCUGUCGGGAAUGCGAUCGCAAACUUGGGCCCUGUAAUAUCAGCUACGUCGGCCAGACUACUCGAUCGGUACAUGCACGAGUUUGCGGUGAGCACGCCAGGGAAGUAGCAAGUACGAUCGAACGGAUCAACGAGGCGCGAUGCGCGACGACCCCCCCGACGACGACGACGACGACGACCCCGACGACCCCGACGACGCGACGGCGACCCAUGUACCAACACGCUGCCAACCAUUUCUUUGACGACCUACCGGAGAAUACUCAAGCACGAGAUGUUUUUCGUCUGGUGAUGGAUGUGAUCAUUCUGCCCACUGGUAGUGGUGACCUUCACUCGUGGGAAUGCUUUUGGCAAUUCUUUUGUCGCUGCAGGACCUUCUUCUUUGGAUGGAGUGAACUCUAAGACUUUUAACUUUUAAGUAGCAUCCGGUGCACAGUAUCGCUUGAAUUUCUUCAUUGCCUUUUAUAAUAAACAUAAGCUUAUAAGAAAACUAACGCUCUUUUCGUCGUCCGUCGUGUGCCUAAAUUCUAGGGUUCCUCCUUAAAGCGGCUUAAUAAAUCAUAACAAAAUAAAAAGUAGGAUUGCAUUUCAUUGUUAUUUAAUAAUAUAACAAGUGAAUUUUAUGCAAAGAUUUUAACAUGGUUCUUUCAGAAUCUAAUUUGCAUUUAAAUUAAAUUUUUUUUUUAAAUGCUUACAAAUUUGCAGAUCCAAUAGGCCAAUACAUUGAGCAACAGGCCCAAGGGAAAAAUAGAAAUGUGAAUAAAGUAUGGGCCAAUCCCCCCCCCCCUUUUUCAUACAUCUGUAGAAAAUAAAUUAUCAGAAAGAUUGUACCUUGAAACAUGCAAACGAUCGUCAACGUCAACGGCUACACUA